AUGAAGCUCUUCAACUUCUUUCUGUUGUUUGCAGUUAUCGCUGCCUGCGUGUCGAGCAGCAAUGCAGAACCGAACUCUCGAGAUUUAGAACAUAAGGCUGAAGAUGAUAACGAGAAAGAGCCACUUAUGAAAGAAGAGCCUACGGGACCGGAGAGUCUUCGCCCCAAGCGCAAGAUGGGAUUUCGCAGAUGGGGCUACGGAGGCUACGGUUACGGCUACCCUGCUUACGGAGGCUACGGCUAUGGCUAUCCUUCCUACGGAGGGUAUUACGGCGGAUAUGGUUAUCCGGGGUAUGGUUACGGAUACUACUGGUAA